GGUGGCGGCCCAAGGUUCUUACCACCAAUGCAGGAAGAUUCGGAGCCCUCGGAAGCGACUACCACUGCGCCUGCCUCGAUGGCAUUCAACGGAGGCUACGGAAGCCACGGCGGGCCAGAUCUUGGCCCAGUGUUCAGUCUAACACGAAGAGUUGUAAUUGGUCCGGCGAGAUCAAGAGGGGGGAUCGAGAUCGAGUGGCAUGUAGGUCGCAACGCCGGUUCUACGGGAGCCUCAGUGGCAGUGGGACCACCGGGAGUAUAUCUUGGCUCAGUGUUACACCGAGACCAAGGGGGAUCGAGAUGGCCACCGUCACCGAUGCUAGAUCUUGGCCCAGUGUUCAGUCUAACACGCAGAGUUGUACUAAAUCCGCCGAGAUCAAGGGGGAUCGAGAUCGAGUGGCAUGUAGGUCGCAACGCCGGUGCUACGGGAGCCUCAGUGGCGGUGGGAGCACCGGGGCUAGAUCAUGGUCCAGUGUUCAACACCGACACCAAGGGGGAUCGAGAUGGAGAGGCAUGUUGGUCCGUCGUAGCCGGACUGUUUUAACGACUAUGGAGGCGGUUCUCA